AUGGCAGCAGCAGUGAGAAGUAUGGCGCUUGGACAAAAUAUUCACAACAUUCUGCCGAAUAAUUGUAUUCUGGUGCAGCAGAAGCCGAUCAAUCACCAUGGAAAGCGACCGAUCGCGCCGGCUCCGAUGAUGGUGGCCAACCUGGCGCAGGGUGUCGGUCUUAAGAACAAGAUUAGUUCGUCGAAAAAAUUCGCUUACUGUGGAUUGCCGUACGCUCCGACCCCGCAGCAGACGGCAUCCGUCCAGCGUCGGAACGCUAGGGAGCGCAACCGAGUUAAGCAGGUCAACAAUGGUUUUGCCAACCUUCGUCAGCACAUCCCGAGCACGGUGGUAACUGCUUUGACCAACGGAGGACGAGGAGCCAGCAAAAAGUUAAGCAAAGUUGAUACACUCCGGAUCGCGGUGGAAUACAUUCGUAACCUCCAAAGGAUGCUGGAAGAAAACAGUGAAAACACCAACCAGAAGAGUUUAUGUCAGGUCUCCUCGUCCAGUUCCUUCUACGGUACGAUGUCGGAAUCUUCGACAGCCUCAUCCCCAGCACCGUCCCAUCUUUCGGAGACUUCCUCAACCGGAACGAUCGCCUACAGUCAGAUGGGAGGCACCACCUUCAAGCAUGAACCCUACGAUAUCUAUGUUGAUCCUUCAACCUCACCGACUCCCUCGUACACAUCGGAGGCGGCUCCAGCAAUCCAGCUUCACCACCACCAAUCGCUUCCUGCGCUGCAGCACACCCAAAUCGUGAUCCCAGGAAUGACCAGCUUGAGUCCCAGUGGCAACAACAACUACCUUCACGCAGCCACCGGCCAGCCAAUCUAUAAGACCGAGCUGUACGAGCAUUCCUACGAGGAACGAAUGAGCCCGCAAAAUCCGGACGACGAAGAACUGCUGGACGCAAUCUCCUGGUGGCAGCAGCAGUAA